AAAUAUCUGGUGAUAAUACUCUCACAGAAAUAUCUAGUAGUAAUACUUUUGCAGAAAUAUCUAAAUUUGAACUAGUUGCUACUAGUGAUAAAAAUGAUAAUAUAAAUAAUGUAGCUAAGUUAAUAAGAGAUAAAGAAUCAAGUGAAUAUAAUACUGAUAUUUGUCUUUUAAUAUCUGUAGAACUACCAGACUAUAUUAUAGUAGAG